UUUCAAGCUAAAUUAAAAUAAAUCGAAACCGGCAAAAAAAAGGAAAUCGACUUGACAUAGCAUUGCCAUGAAUUAAGUGCUGCAAAAUGGAUAUAAUAUUUUCUCAGGAUGUGCACGAUGAACAAAAGUUUCUGGAUUGUGCGAGGAAACUAGAGUACGACGAGUUUUCGGCGAAAAUGUUUGUAUUCUGCAAUAAGCACAGCGCUUUGGAUGUGUUUGAGCUAAUGGGCGAUGACCGGUUGUCGCAGUUACUCUACGGAUGGGAGGUGUGCCACCUGCCUACCAGGGAUUCCGAGUCGCUAAAGGACCCAGCGCUGCGUCACAUGGUCAGGGUUUUGGUCUACCACUCGCUGCUGAUGUGGUUUAGCCAAGAGUGGAAGACCUGCUCCGAAGGCCUCAAGCAGCUUUUGCUCUACACCCUCACCAAAGCAAUGCCGGCAUUCCAUCAGAUUGGUGAACUGGCCAAUAUCAACUGGUCGUACGUUCUGCAGUUCCAGACGAAGCCCUGGAGCCUGCCCUACCUGCAUCAGCUAUUUCUUAACCUGGAGCUGAAUAAACAACACGGCAUCGAACACAAAGUUCAAGCGGCAUCAGGAGAAGAUGUUGCUUUCCUCAUGCAGGAAGGGGUAUCUCUGGCCCUGCUGCGACUAAUCCAGCUCUUUAACGCCGGCAACUUUGAGGCUGUAAAACAGCUGGCGCUUCGGAUGCUAGCUGCUUGGCUGAAAAUCCACGAAAAUGCACCAUUUGUGUCCUUUAAAGGGGAUGAAAACACAAUUACACUAAUCGGUCAUGUAUGCCUCUUGGCCGCUUUUGUUAGGGAUGAUAAUCAAGGCUUUGUGAUUGAUAAUUUGAUGUACAACAUAGGGUUCUAUGUCCAGAUCAUGGAGGAAUUUUCGAGCUCACAUGAUAUUAACUUUACGCCAGCUCGGCUUAUUGCCCGCGUUUGCGUCCGUCUUCGACUCGGAAAGAAUGCGUUUUUUGAGAAAAUUGCAUUUAGGAAAUUCAAUCUAUGUAUGGUCACUUCAUUUGCCGUCAUACUAGAUGCCUACUCCAGCUAUGUGCUGGGAAAUUUAUUGAUGGAUCUUCAGUCGCUUAACGAGCACGAUUUCCUGGAGCACCUGCCACAGUUCAAAAAGCUAAUGGAUCGCUAUGUAGAGGAGCGCGAGAGCAGCGAGCGCUUUCUUCUAAACGAGCUCAAGAAGAUGGAACAACAGCGAAACAGCUGCAUUGAACCGCAUCUAGUAAACCUAAUUCUCAACUACAAGCAGCAGAUAUGCAAGGGAAAUCGAGCCAGCAACAUAAGCAACUACAAGAACAGUGAUGACGACGAAAAGAUUCAGCCUGAGGUGGGCGAAGAACAAGAUAGACAAGUAGAUCCGGUUUUUCAAAAUGUACCAAACAAUGAGGAAGUUUUGAGCUUUGUGUACAAAUUGCUGGCAGAGCGGAAUUUUUCAGGCUGGAGAUUUGCUAAGAUUGCUCUGCUGCUGAAAAUUAUUGGGCAACAAAUAAAUGCAUUAGAAAUGUGGAGAUAUCAUCCCGGGUUAACCGUUGAUUUUAUGCUCGAUUUGGAGCAAAAGAUGUCUGCAAACUAUGCUGACCUAGCCAAAUUGUUCUCUGACCAUGGAUUUAUGGAGGCAGAAUUCUGGCUGACUGCUUUCUACCUCCACCCCACAUCAUCAAAUUAUAACGAAGUAAAGCGCUGUUCGUGGAUCAUGAAAAAUCGACAGGAGGAGGGCGGGCUCCCUGCUCCAGCGAUUGGCAACGUCAAGUACGAACUGCUGAGCUCCACCAUCGAUGUGCACCAGAUUAUGACCAUAACAAACCAUGAAGAUCCAGUGUCCGACUACGAUCCAAUAAACGAGUCGCUGAAGGCGUUGCGUCUACCCAGCAACAUGACCAAGGAUCUUCUGACCGUGGUCUUCCAACCGCGACAUAAACAAUACUCAUGGGCUCUCGAUUGGCAAACGCUAGACGAGCGUUGCAGUGCCCUACUCAAAAGCCAGGACCUGAAGAGAAAAUUUGUGUCUCUUAACAUGGCCGAAUCAUGCGACGACUUGAAGUAUCUCCAGAUCGACUAUGCCAAGUACAGGGAUCGACCACAGUUGGACUAUGGCACCAUAGAAGAGGGCUACGAAAAUGAGACUAAUCUCUCGAAUGCAGCUGGAAAGGCUGAAUCAACACCAGCAGUGCAUGAUAAAGCAGAGAAAGCCAAGGAGCUGAAAAUGCGGCGACACGCAAAACGCAAAUGUUGGUAUGAAGUUUCGGAAGACGAGGAAGAGGCUGCCUCAAGUGAUUCGGAGCCCAGCUACACAGGAAAUGGCCGCCGAACACAGAUUAGAGCCGCAGCCAUUGCAUCCAAAGCUAAUGGUCGCCGGACUGGGAUUAGAGCCGCAGCCAUUGCAGCCAAUAUCAAAUUGUCUGAAAUGUCCUUUCCAGAGACAUCGAAUAGGCGCUUUUCUACACAGCCCGUCGUCAAGGAACAGCCAAAAAUCGCCGUCCAGCCUAAAAAACAAAAAACAGUAUUGUUUUCGAAAGAAGAGGAUGAGGUUUCCUCAAGUGAUUCGGAGCCCUGUUACACAGGAAAUGGCCGCCGGACUCAGAUGAGAGCCGCAGCCAUUGCAGCCAAGGCCAAAUUGUCUGAAAUCUCCUCUCCAGAGACAUCGAAUAAGCACUUUUCUACACGGUCCAUCGUCAACGAGCAGCCAAGAAUCGCAGUCCAGUCUCGAAAACAAAAAGCAGUAAUGUUUUCGAAAGACGGGGAUGAGACUUCCUCAAGCGAUUCGGAGCACUGCUACACCAGAAAUGGCCACCUGAAUCGGAUUAGAGCCGCAGCCAUUGCAGCCAAAGCCAAUUUGCCUGAAUUGGAUCGAAAAGUGAGCGGUGGGCGACGAUCGAUCUUUCCAGAGGCAUCGGGUAAUCACUUUGUUACACAGCCCGUCGUCGCGGAGCAGCCAAAAAUCGCAGUUCAGCCGCAAAAUCAACAAAAGCGUACAAUUGCCGAGCUGAUGAAGUCACGACCCAUGUUUACCAACGAAACGAAAGGAUUUAAGCCGAUCGCCGACAUAUGGAGUUUCAGCAAGGAAGAGCUAGAGAAUGUGGUUAGCGGGCCCAACGACAUGAUAGAGUGCAGCUCGAUUAUAGCCAAAAUGAAGUUAUUGAAGGACCUCAAAAUGGCGAAAUCUGCAAAAGCAGCCGGACAGCCAUGUUCACAGCUCGUUCGCACAGGAUCAGAAACUGAAAGCGUGAAUUCCGAAACUUCCACGAUGGCUACACACGAAUUUAACGAGAAGGGGACCACUGUAGGUUCCCCCGGUGAAGGUAAAGAGCAAAAAACACCUUCGCCGACCGCAAACUCCGAAUUAAGCACUGAAACAGAAGUGUUGAAGCCCACCGAUGAGACUGAAGCGCAUAUGAUCCAUGACGCCCUAAAAACUACAAACGUGCCACAGAAGACUCUGGACUUACAGUUCUUGUCCAAGAAGCACAUAAGAACUGGAUAACAGACCCAGGAGUCCCCAGGAGAUGUCAUAGAAACUAGUGAUCUCAAACAGGUCCCCCUAAAUAGCCUGUUCAAAGUAGAGGGACUGGAUGCAAGACAGGCGACAGGAAAGCCAAAAAAAAAGGAACAAACGGAACAGGAUCUGCCAAAUACUAGAAAACACAAAGAUAAGCUUCACAUGCAACGCCAUUUUUUUUUUUUUUGUUAUUUCUUUACUUACAUAUAUACCAUAACUACGUAACAAUUUAUUAUACAGCCUCGAUGUUAGUAGAGAUGUGAAACCGGAUAAGGUACUGCCGCAAAGCAUUGCUUCGCAUUAGGGGCACCAAAGAUUUGGAACCUCACGAUCUUGGUGCUUUCCGGAAAAGCAAACUGUAGAGCCAUGUGAGACUCCGGACAUGAACCCGAACUUUCUGGAUCUCGAUGUCGAUUCGAGGACAAGCACCCGAUUGCUGAAGUAGCUACCUACGGCGUGCAGCAAGUAACCUGCUACCUAAAAACCAAGUGACCGUGGAGAUCGCGUCCAGCGUCGACAAUUCUUUCCGGAAUCCGUACUGGUUUGUAGAAAGUCCCCAUGCAGCCGAUAUUGCUGUGUUGAGCCUCGCCGCGAUCACCUUCUCGAAGGCAGAUGGGUCUUUACGAGAAGGGUUCGGCAGGGUGCUUGCCUUGGUUGCCUUCUAUGGGAUCCGAUCGGGUCCUGAUUUCUUUCUGGUUUUGAGGCUUCUCGCAGCCGCCAGAAUCUUGGGCUACGUGACCGGCCGCAAGUGGUCAGCUUGACACGUCUCCGCUUAUCUGCCAAGUGGUAAUGGUCUCCUCCAACUUCGCUGCCAUUUUAUCCGCUGCUGCGUUCGCCCAGUCUGCCUCGUCGAUUGUCAGCUAGUGAAGAGAGCCGUCUAACUCCUUCAGUCUCAUGGUGUCCUGUCGGUAGGCCGUAUGAGGCUGCUUCCUGGCUGUCGAGUGCUCUUGUGCCGAUUUCGACCUGGAUCUCAACCUCUGAUCACCUCUACCUUCCCGCAUAUGGCUGCUAUGCUUGUUCGGUCUAAAACCCACUUGUUACUGGCCUUAGCCUUGUACGGCUCGCAGAGGAGAGCCACCUCUGUCUUUAGAUCGCGAUCGGUCUAGGUAAGCCACCCAGCAUCCAAAGAUUCAAAUUAUGUUUAUGGCGAGCACCUCGACAUCCGGAGGGGCAUUGUUUGCUACCUUUAUGCUUCGUGCUCUUCUUGCCUUCAACUUGCCCCCUUAUCCAUGCAGUUCCGUGUUAGAAGCAGAAACUUUCUUGAUCAUUAAAAGGACCAUAAACACAACAAACAUAUUAAAAGAGUUUAAAAAGCCCAACGCAAAGUAUCGAAGUGCAAUUAAAGAAGCUAUCCAAAAAUGAAAACUGUGAUAUCCUAAAUUCUCCAACAUUCCUCUAGAUUAUAAAGUUAGCUUAGUCUUUCCUAAAUUAAAGUCACAAAAACUGCUACAAGACUACAACUUGACUAACAAGAAGAUUGCUCUCUCUCCAAAGGGCCACCUCUCUAUAAUAUCAUUGAACUUUUCCCGAGCCUUUGACAAAAU